GGAGGCCGUGCAGAAGCGCUGGCCAUGGGGGAGCCGGUCCUCGGCUGGGCGCUCCUCCUGCUGCUCCUGGGGCUGCUGAUGCUUUAUGGGAUCUGGCCGUAUAAUUUCUUUAAGAAGUUGGGAAUUCCUGGGCCAAGACCCCUGCCUUUUAUCGGAACUUUCCAUGAAUAUCGGAAUGGUGUUUUGAAGUUCGACCAAAGAUGCUUUGAGAAAUAUGGCAAGAUCUGGGGAAUAUUUGAUGGCCGGCAACCUGUGAUGGCCAUUUUGGAUCCCGCCCUCAUUAAAACCAUCCUGGUUAAAGAAUUCUAUACUUAUUUCACCAAUCGCCGGGACUUUGGUCUGAAUGGAAAUCUGGACACAGCCAUAACUGUCGUUGUCGAUGAACAGUGGAAGAAGAUUCGCAGUGCCUUGUCUCCCACUUUCACCAGUGGAAGGCUGAAAGAGAUGAUGCCCAUCAUCAACCAUUAUAAUGAAAUCUUGGAGAAGAACAUCCAGAAGAAAGUGGAGAAGGGUGAAACCAUAGAUAUGAAGCUGAUCUUUGCAGCCUACAGCUUGGAUGUGGUAACCAGCACUUCAUUCAGUGUCAACAUUGAUUCCCUCAACCAUCCCGACGAUCCGGUUGUUGUGCACAUGAAGAAGUUCCUCAGAUUUAGCUUCCUCAGCCCUGCUUUAAUCUUGGCUGUCCUUUUCCCAUUCCUUAUCCCAGUUCUGGAGAAAUUCAACUUGACCAUAUUCCCCAAGUCUUCGGUAGACUUCUUCCUCGAGAUCUUGAAAAAGAUCAAAGAAGAUCGACAAAAGAAGGACCACACGAACCGAGUUGAUUUUCUUCAGCUCAUGAUGGACGUACAAGCUGCAGCCAUCGCCUCUGGGGAUUCAGAGAAAGCUUUAACAGACAAAGAGAUUUUGGCCCAGUCAAUUUUUUUUAUCUUUGGUGGCUAUGAGACCAUCGGUACCUCCCUCAGCUUCAUGUCUUAUUGUCUGGCCACGCACCCCGACGUUCAAGAGAAAUUGUACCAAGAGAUCAAUGACACUUUUCCCAAUCAGACCCCGCCCACCUAUGACGCACUCCAUCAAAUGGAAUAUCUCGAUAUGGUGGUGAAUGAAACUUUUCGCCUUUACCCUCCGGGGACACGGCUUGACAGAAUUUGCAAAAAGACAGUGGAAAUCCAUGGAGUGACCAUCCCACAAGGGACUGUGGUUAUGAUUCCCGCUUAUGUCCUACAUCGGAUCCCCGAAUAUUGGCCUGAGCCCGAAGAGUACAGACCUGAGAGGUUUAGUAAAGAGAACAAAGAGAGCCUAGACCCGUAUGUGUUCCUCCCUUUCGGAGCGGGUCCCAGGAACUGCAUCGCUAUGCGUUUCGCCCUCCUGGUGCUGAAAAUGGGUCUGGUGGUUUCGCUGCAAAGAUUUCGCUUCCAAACCUGCAAAGAAACACCGAUCCCCUUGGAGCUGGAGGACAAAGGAUUCCUCAAGACGAAGAAGCCCAUCAUGUUGAAGUUGGUGCCCAGAGUUGUCGUGAAACAUGAGAAGUAGACAUUUUGGAGUGUUAAGGAUAUUGUUGUGUCACCACCAGAGUCAUGGAGCUCAUAAAGCAGAGUACCAUCAGAAGUUUUUAUGCACGGAAAUGGUUUUGAGAGUAAUUGUGAAUAACAUGUAGACAAACUAGUUUUAUAUUACUUUAUUUUGAGGGUAAAGCGAAAUCAAAGUCAUUUAACAAUCCAAGUCUUGGAUUGUUAAAUGACUAUGAUUUAAAUAUAAGUGCAAUAUAUAAAGUGCAAUAUAUAAAGUGCAAUACCCCCAGGAAUACGACUAAUCCCGGACCUCCGGACCUUCCGUUGAGCUUUGAAGACCUUCCUAUUUCAGCAAGCUGGGCUGGCUUAAAAUUUUAAUGGGUUAUUUUAAGGGUAAUGGGUUUUAAUGUUUUGGGAUGCCAAUUCGAUUUAAUUCUGCUUUUAAAUUAUUUUAAAUUUUGUAUUGUAUGUAUUUUAAUUUUGGCUGUGCACCGCCCUGAGUCCUUCGGGAGAAGGGCGGUAUACAAAUUUAAAUAAUAAUAAUAAUAAUAAUAAUAAUAAUAAUAAUAAUAAUAAUAAUAAUAAUAAUAUAAGAUCAAUUCAGGGAAAUAAAAUAUUCUUACCAGUUUGUAGAAAAAUACAAGGAACAUUCAGGAAUAUAAAAAUAGUUCAAUAAAUACCAGGAAACAUUAAUAAAUAACCCAUGAUCAAACAUUGACCAUUUAGAGAGAUCAAUAAUAGUUACAGCAUAGUAGCAGGUAAAAAUUUGGUGCAGUGAACACAACUAAUCACAAUAAAGCUCUCCUUAAAUAGAUUGGCUACAGAUCUUAUCCAAUCAGCAUGCAGAAUGACUCGGCAAUAUUCUUAAAGCAACAUAAUACAUUUACACAAUACAAACAUACAAUGUUGGAUUAUAUAUUGCCUGGCUAACUAGUUAGGCAAUGACCAUUUCCUAACAUGGAGGCUGCAAAGAGGCAGUAGUGUCUUCCUUGUAACUCAUUCUCAGCGUAUUCUCAGCGUAAUCUAAAUGAAAUGAAAGCAAAGUCCUCAAAACACCAGUCUUUAGUUUAUCUCUGACCUUGGGAUAAUUAGGCAAACUGCCAAAAGCUUUUCUUGGCAACAGUUCAGGAACAGAAGAAAUAACUACAGCCAAAAAAGUUACAUAUUGAAAGUAUCACCAAAUCAGAGAUGGGUUUCAGCAGUUCUGACCAGUUCUACAGAACCGGUAGUGGAUUUUUUUUUUUUUGGAUUUUUUUUUUUAUUUUUAAACAAACAAAACAUAAAAAUCCAUCUUCCAUUAACAAUUACAAACAGUGUGUCGAUUGGUUACAAAUCCUUUGUGCUUCGUCCCCAUAUUCAUAUUUUACUAAGUAUCCAAUUCCUCAUAAUAUCAAUCUAAUAUAUAUCUUUAUAUCAUUAUCAUCAUUUGUCAUUUAUCUAACAAUGGCAUUAUCAUUCCCAAAAAAAAUUGUCACAUAUUAUAUUAUAACAUUCAUUUUAUAAUACAUAUUUCAUUUCCAUGUUUUAGUAUCUAGCCAUUGGUAAAAUAAACUCCCAUAUCUUAUAAUAUUGUUUGUCGUCUUGUUCUCUAAUUUCAAAUGUCAAUUUACUCAUUUCAGCACAUUCCGUGAUUUUCUUAAUAACUUCAUCUUGCAUUGUUAUUUUCUCAUUUUUCCAGUUUUUAGCAAACACAAUUCUAGCCGCUGUCAAUACAUUCACAAUCAAAUAUCUCAAUUCUCUGUUAUAUGUUUCUGGCACAAUUCCCAAUAAAAAAAUCUCUGGUUUAAAGUC